AUGGACUCGCCCAACUCGCCUAGUAUACCCCACCCAUCCCUCAGUCGCUAUCUCCAAUCAAAUGUCCCUCCGCCUGUUCUUAUUCACUCCCUCCAUGAGUCGCGAAGCUCGGUGCUCAGCCUGGCUUCCAAUGAGCGCUACAUUUUCUCGGGUAGCCAGAACCAAGAUAUCUCAGUGUGGGACAAAGAAACCUUCCAGCUGAAGGACACGUUGCGGGGCCAUACAGGAAGUGUUUUGGGCCUAGAGUAUGCAAAGGACAAGAAGUGGCUGUUUAGCUCCUCAGGCGAUAGUACUGUGCGGGUAUGGUCAACGGAGACUUUGGAACCACUAUACAUCAUUCAACCAUACAUGGGAGAGGGCGCCGGUGACCUCUUCUCUCUCGCCUGGUCAUCAGCCCUCCAAACCAUCUUCAUUGGCUGUCAAAACACCUCCCUACAAUGGUUCGAUUUCCGUGAACCUAUCUCGCGAUCCUCCUCUUCAUCAUCACUCCGCCGCGAAUCUGAAGGCACGCCUGCUCUAGGAGCAGGAGCGACAUCGGGGACCUCAACUCCGAACAAGCUAGCUACUGCACGACAGGCCCACAAGUUCUUCGAUAGUUACCCCCAAUAUGAGCGGAAAGCCGCCGACAUUCAUGCGAAGAACGGGAAACCUGGUCGAGGCAGCCCGGACUCUGAUAGGUCAGAUGCAUCUGGCCCCGGGGAGUAUCUCUGCAUACCUGCUACCAAUGUCAUCGACUCAGCGCAUUACGGAUACAUAUAUACCAUGACUAUCCUGACCGGGUGGGAUCAGGGAAUACACUUGGCUACAGGCAGCGGUGAUGAGUUGGUCAAACUAUGGGCGUGUGAUUCAGGGGUUCCAGAACUAGUCCACGAGUUUGAAUGCAGUCAUGGCGCGGUUUUGGCUCUAGUCUCUGAAGGAGACACCAUAUAUGCCGGUUGUCAAGAUGGCUAUGUUCGGGUCUUUGACCUUGAGACAAAAACGUUUGUCAGGACUAUAAUCGUACAAGAGGGUGUUGACAUUAUUGCAAUGUCCAUGUUGGGCUCAGAUCUCUAUACUUGUUCUGCUGACGGUUGGAUCAAGCGAUGGUCUGCUUCUUUUGAUUGUACUGCCUCAUGGAAAGCGCAUGACGGUAUCGCUCUUUCCUCCAUCAUCAGUAGGAGAAACACCUAUGAAAGUAGUGGAUUCUAUCUAAUCAGCGGAGGGAGUGACGAUCAUAUCAAGGUUUGGGGUGUUACGCCGCCGAAACCACGUCGCUCGGUCGCCUCCUAUGAAGACAAUGACGUGGAAAAUCCGAACAAAUCAUGUAUCGGUUCUGGAACAUUUUUUGAUACCAUGGUUUAUGCCCUCUCUAAAUUUACAACGAUUCCUAGUAUCAGCUCUAUACCUGCGCAUAGGGAAGACUGUCGACAGGCUGCUAUUUGGUUGAGAAAGUGCCUUGGACAACUCGGUGCGAAGACAUCAUUGUUACCCACCGGUGAAGGAAACAAUCCCAUCGUUCUGGCAACUUUCUCUGGCGCAAAAGGCGAAAAGCCAAAACGCAGGGUACUUUUUUACGGGCAAGUCGAACUUCUGUUACACUACGACGUAAUACCUGCACCACCCGAAGGGUGGCACUCAGAUCCGUUCAUCUUGACUGGGCGCAAUGGAUACCUAUAUGGAAGAGGCGCCACCGACAACAAGGGGCCCAUUAUUGCCGUUGCAUGCGCUGCUGCCGACCUCCUCUCACGCCGUGCACUUGAAGUUGAUUUGGUAUUCCUUAUCGAGGGGGAUGAAGAAUGUGGAAGCAAAGGAUUCAAACAGACUAACGCGAUUGGAAACAUCGAUGCUAUCUUGGUUAGUAACUCGACUUGGAUAGCCGAUGCCCAGCCAUGCAUUACCUACGGUCUACGCGGAGUUGUACAUUGUUCAGUGGAGAUCAGCGCCGAUAGGCCUGAUUUGCACUCUGGAAUUGAAGGCGGUGCUGUAGCGGAACCUAUGGUCGACAUGUACUUGUUCUCAGACGACAAAGUUCGUCCGCAAACAACGGAAGAAAAAGACUUGUACAAGCUUUUAUCAGCAGUAACCAACAGGCCUGCAUCGCUUUUGUCAUCUCGCUGGCGCGAACCAUCAUUCACAAUUCACAAUGUUGAAAUCUCUGGCCCGAAGAAUGCUACUAUUAUACCAAGCAAAGUAAAUGCACAGUUGUCCCUGCGUCUGGUACCGGAUCAGAGCCUCGAAGAUAUCGUCAAAUCUCUCCGUGAGCACCUACAGUCGUCUUUCAACAACCUUCGCUCGCCGAAUAAGUUGACUGUCAAUGUCAAGCAUACAGCAGAUUGGUGGCUGGGUGAUCUGGAAGGACAUUGGUUCGAGUCGUUGGAGAGCGCUGUACAGGAAGAGUGGGGUGUUGCUCCUCUUCGUAUUCGUGAAGGAGGGUCUAUACCUUCAGUGCCUUACUUAGAAAAGGAGUUCGGAUGUCAUGCCCUCCAUCUUCCUAUGGGCCAGAGCUCGGACCAGGCCCAUCUACCCGAUGAACGCAUUUCUCUCAUCAAUCUCCGUAAAGGAAAAGCCGUCAUCGAGCGCUUCUUACUCAAAGUUGCGGCUAGUUGCAAAGAUGCUCAGUAG